AAUAUCUUCUUUUCAUUUUGUGCUUAGGGAUGUUUAUUUGGCAAAUAUUCGACCACAUGCGCAAACACUUGGAGGGAGCCACAACCGAAGCCAGCUCUUGGGAGUCCCAGACCCAAAUGAAGUUCCCUAUAUUCCUCGUUUGUGAUUCUGAAGGUUACAAAGAGUAUGAACCUUUCACCAAGCAGCCUUAUACGGAUAUGGCCUUAACGGUGGACUUGCAGAUCGAGAAUGUUUUGUCUCCUACAACGCCUGGCGGAGAUAAGGCCACCAAUUACAUAGUCAGCGAUGUUCCAACUUUUUAUAAUGGCAUUUGCAAGAAGGUUGAGUUUCGGAGCUAUUACUCAGUGCAAGUUUCGGUGGGGUUCAAGAUGAGUAGAAACCGUACCUACCAUGUGUUCUUCAUGAAUCCUGGGACCGAGUUCUACUUGAUCAAUCAAGACCAUUUGAGGACCCCACCCAUGAUUGAGGUCACCAAUUCCGUGCUGAUUGAGAUGUGGAUCACUCGAUAUUUCGAAAAAGAUUCUCCUUGUGAGGAGGGUAUUGUGGAGAGCAACCAAACUGAAUGCAUGAAGGAGGUGGUCAAGCAGGAACUGGAUGGGAGUGAUUUACAAUGCGUACCAUAUGCUAUUCAUGCUCAGUUUCCAAUACGACCAAUUUGCAAUUCGACAGAAGCCCUCCAAACCUCGUUUAUACUGAGUUCGUUCAUCAUGAGUAAAACUGUUUUUGCCCACAAACAAUUCGGAUGUUACAUGCCAUGUGUGGAGACAAAGUUCAACGUGAAGCCUGUAUUACUGGGCAAAAAGGCGACGUUUUCCGAGGGGAUGAUGUUUCUGUACUCCUUGUUCCUCUACGAAGGCGUUUAUGAGAAGAAAAGAUAUAGAUUGAUGGACUUUACCACCAUAGUGGCAUCUGUGGGAGGAUCUUUGAGCUUUCUAUUGGGCGUGUCAUGCUUCGGAAUGAUGUGGUCGGUUGUUCGAAGAGGUCAUAACUCCUGUCUUAAAAGCGAUGUGAAAAUGCAAACUCUAGAAUUUUUCAGUUGA